AUGUUAGAAGAAAUGCGCGAAGAUGUUAAUGGGGUAUUACAGUAUAUUCGACCCGGCAAGGAGGACAAAGACACGAGAGCGUCGGGACCGGCAUUUAUUCUCGGGAACUACAACUACGAGCGCUACAUUCUCGACCCUGCGAUCGCGGAUCUCGUUAAUUCCAAGUUGACCUCCUGGCCAGGUACUCCACCAAGACUGGAAUGCUGUCAGCGCUGUGCCAUGCAGGUUGGCUGCAAGUACUGGCACCUCAAACCCCCAAUGAACGGCCAGCCUGGCCAAUGCACGAUGCUGGGCUCACAGGCAGGCCUCACCGUGAAGAACUGGGACUACGACUUCAACGGCCUUCUCGAUCGCUCCUUCUGCUUGCUUUCCGACAGUCGGAUCCACAUCAACAUGGGAAUCAAGGGCUACCAGCCCAUCGCGAAUCUCCCCGGCACGGCGACAUCAUUGGAUGAAGAGUCGCUCGCUGCAGCGCUGGAGGCAGCGGCCAAUGAGAAGAAGCCACGUCAUAUCAGGCAGCUGGAGCAGGAGAGGCUGAGCGUGGAGGAACUGAGCGAGCUGGAGAGGAUGCGGGCCAAUGGGAGCCUGCCAUUGACUGAUGAGGUGGUGGCGGCACUUGACCGUGAGAUGGGUCGUCGCAGCGGCGGGAAUGGAGGGGAAGAGGAGCAUCACUCGAUUCAGUAUGAGAAGGAUGAGCUUAAGAAGAGGCUUUUAAAAGCAAAGCCAAUUCGCAGUUGGAUCAGGGAGCUCCAAGUGAUGUGGCGCGAUUCGACUGGCGCGCAGCACUCUGUGUUCAUCAAGGCGUGCGACGGCAAGGAGCAAGGGAGGGGCAGCAGCGGGUUCAUCGACCGACUGGAGAUAGACGGCACAUCGCACACGAGUGGCAUUCACGGCGUGCUGGGUCAGACCUUCCGAGCCGAGGAAUCCCGCAAGGUGCGCUCGCUGCGGUACCGCCUGCUGACCCGCCUGCUGCGCGAGCCGGUGGAGGUGGAGAGUGAUAGUGGCAGGGGAUUCCUGGAUGGGCGCACGGAGGACUAUAUCACCUCGGAUAUUCACUCUGCGGAAUGCAUGUACGCCGCCGCGUGGCGCAGGGGGGAACACGAAAGUAGCGAUGGAAGCGAAUUUAUGCCUUUCUCAGCCACCCGCGCCGCUGCCAUCGGCGCGCACUUGCCACCUGCCUCAGUUCCGCCCGUGACCAGGAACCGCGACUCGAACAGCACGAGCGUUUACACUCCGCUGCUCCGCCGCGCGUGGCACCCGCCGUUGAACUUUCCCUUAACCCAUGAAGCUGUGCGGUCGCCGCGUCAGCGCCACGUGUUCGAGCGGAAGUCGGGGCGGCCCGUAGAAGCGACGGAAGUCUUUCCGCAGUCUACAGAUGGGGGAGCACCGGAGUCAGUCGCGCGCGGGCGCUCCCUGGUGGCUUCCGCCGCCGCCAGUGGCGCCGAUGCGGGCGAGUGCGACGCGGAGUGGAUGCUGCUGUGGCCGGCGGCGCAGGAGUGCUGGCGGCCGCGCAUGACGACGGCGCAAGGCGGAACAUCCGCGCGCGUGGCUUCCGCCGCCGCCUCCUCCGCGCACCGCCAAGCUACCGCGCAAAGCCUCACUUCCGCGGCGGGCGGAGUGAUCGCGCAGGCUUCCGCGCCCCCCCCUUCCCCUCCCAACGACGGGCCAGGCGAGGGGGAUGGGGGGAGUACCCCGCCCGCGGGGAACGAGGCGCAGCUGACACCCGAUAAUGAAAUCAUUAGCGUGUGUCGAUCUGGAGCCACCUCCACCAUCACCAUCGCCCCGGACUGGAACGGACAGACGUGGCGAGGCUGGGGCACUUCGCUGGCAUGGUUCGCCAACUACGUGGGCAAGCUGCCAGAUGAUCAAUUCGAUCUCAUCAUGGAUUUGCUGUUUGACAAGGACAAGGGCAUCGGGCUCAACCUGGCGCGCUACCUCAUAGGCGGCAGCGUCAACUACACCAACAGCCCGCAGUUCCUCACCGCCGCCUGGGAAACCCGCUCUAUCCCCGGUUUCCGCGUCCAGCCGAAUGGGCCGUACGACUGGACGGCGGACGGGCGGCAGAGGCGGACGAUGCUCGCUGCCCUGGCGCGGAAUGUGGACGAAGUCGAGGCGGUGUCAUACACGCCGCCCUGGUGGAUGACCGUCAGUGGGGACACUGCUGGGACGGCCAAGAACGAGUGCAACUUAAAGCCCGAGUAUUUCCAAGCGUACACGGAGUACCAAGCUUCAGUGAUCGAGCACUAUCACAGGUAUUGGAACGUGACGUUUUCGACCAUGAACCCGGCAAAUGAGGCACUGGAGGGGUGGUGGACGCAGGGCGCAAAGAACGAGGGGUGCAACUACGGCCCUGAGAAGCUGACCACUCUUAUCCAGCUUCUCACAGCGACCUUAAAGAGACGCAAGCUACCGACAAAAGUUGCGGGAUUUGACAGUUUCGUCGGCGCAACUCUCCGGUACACGUACAAGUUCCCUGCUGCUGUGAAGGCCGGCCUUUUUCGGCUGAACGUGCAUGGGUACAUAAACCCGCCGCCCAAUGGGACGGAUACGCGGCGGUUCAUGGAAGGGGUGAUGGUGGGCAUGCAUCGCAUGGCGACGGGCAUAGGCAAGGAGGUGUGGGUGUCGGAGGUGGGGCCGAUGUGGGUGAGCGGGAAUGACGUCGGCGUGAUGCUGUUCACGGCGCGGCAGAUCGUGCAGGCUGUGAACAUCAUGGGGGCCUCGGCCUGGAUCUUCUGGCAGGCAGUGAGUGGGAAUGGGGGGACUAACCCAGAUGCGUUUCUAAAAUGGGGGCUGUUGGCGAUCAGGAUCUACCGGUUGAACGACACAGAAGUUAAGCCGUUGGAUCUGGUGAUCUCGAAAAAGUUGUACAUGCUGCAGCAGUUUGUGCGGGGGGCGCCGAGAGGGAGCCUCCCACUUCAAAUCGACACGUCGGAUGGGUGCCAGCACUGCAUUGCCUCGUUCUUCCAUCCCGACCAGCACUUUGUGUCCAUCUUCAUCGUCAACCAGCGCGACACCACGCACACGGCGACGUUCCAAUUCGAGGAUUUUGUGCCGUUUGACGCGGGGCAGGCGUGUGUGCUGGAGACGUAUCGCACGUCGGCCACGGAGAACAACACGCUGCUGGCCACCCAGAGCUACUCGGACGUGCCGGCUUCGAUACAAGUGGCUGCGCUGGGCAGCUCGAUGACUUCCGUGGUGCUGUACAAUCUUGACCCCGCGUAG